AUGCCCCUCCUGCACUCCUUCGCAGUCCUGUCCCAAUUAUUUGUGGACAAAAAGGAAUAUUCGAAGGCGAUCCGCCUCAUCGACCAAGUGAACUCGAUCUGCUCGAUCUCGCUGCCUUUGGAGAUGGCCGUGAUUUACUCUGUGAGUUUGCUGUACACCGGCCGCACGGACGACGCGUUGGAAAUCAUCGACUCUCUCCAGAUCGCGGAGAACUUCAGCGAGGAAGUCGCCAGUGCCGCGUUCACGCUGGCUUCGGCGCUGAUCGACUGCCAUUUAAUCGAGCAGGGCGCGGUGUUGUCGGAUCUGCUGCUCACGCUUCCAUCGAAUUCGGACGCCGCGACGUUCGAGCUGGCCUAUCGCUACAGCCAGGCGCGCAACGACUCCGACCGAUGCAUCGAAUAUCUCACGAAGGCGCUGGAGUUUCUCCCGGAAGGGUCCAGCGAGAAGCGGCAGGAAUUGGCGCUGGCGCUGUCGCAGCUGUACGACGAGAAGGGAGAAUUGCUGCGUUCCGUGGAGGUCACGAACAAGUACAUCACGAAAACGCGCCAUUUUGUGGGGAAACCGAGAAACCUCGAGCCCGCGAUUCUUCUCGAUUCGCUCCACCAAGUCCCCGCCAUCGACGUGGAUCCAAACCCGAUCAACGCGGCCCGUGAAAUCGUGCGCGUCGUCGAUCCGCUUCUCCGCACCAUGUGCAUGAUCGAGGUUCCUGCGCAGUACUACGAUUCCAUUCAGCCCGCGCAGGAAAUCGUCGAACUCGCUGCCGUGCUCGAUAUCCCCGCGGUUCUCGGACAAAUCAUGCUGUUUUUCUUGGUGUGGAACUGCACGCGCGCGCACUGUUUGCUGCAGGGGCUUCACUAUGCGGCUGCCUAUCUCAAUGUGAUCCGCACGUUCGCCACGCCAGCGUUCCAAAACACGCUUUUGCUCCUCUGCAUGACGGUUUCUUCGCAGGAUCCGCGGAUUGCCGCCGAUGCGCUUCGUGGAAUCGUGGUAACCGCCGCCUCCACCGACCAGAAACUCCAAUUCUUGGUUUGCCGCGGGAAAUCGGAAAGACCGAUGGAUUCGUUGCUGAGUUCGCCUCCGCCGCCGAAUGACAAGGAUAUCCGCGAAACGUCGGUGGGUCAGCGCAUCAGUGUAACUCCCGGGUUCGAGUUCGUGGUGUGCGAGCUGUCGAUUUCGUACGUGACGUCGGUGGUUUCGCUGCUUCUCCCGCGGGUAAACUACUCGUUUUCGACGAACCUGUUUAAGCAGCUGCAGCGGCAAUCGACGCAGAAGUUGGGAUGGAAGAGAGGUGUGAAACCGUUUUUCGAGUCGCUGGAAAGCGUGCUGCUGGAGGAUCCGCUGCUUCUGCUGAGCGUUGGCGCCUCGGAGCUGACGCACAGCAAUAAUCGAUCGAACUUUGAGAAGCGCGAAACGCUUCUUCGAGCCUUUACAGAGCUGCAGAAUUAUGCGAAAAAUCGACAAAAACAAAUCGAAUCGCUCGGUGUGAAGAGCGUUUCGCAAUAUCCGCAGAGUCCCGACGAGCCUCAGGACUUCUACACGCGGUCCAUAACCUUGCCGAAAGAGUUGUAUCGAAUGGAAGUGUUGUUUAAUCUGGGACGGGCGUUUCAUCAGAUGGGGCUGUUCCAUAUCGCUGCUAUGUAUUACUGGGCGGUGCUGAGGGAGUCAGAGGAAGCUGGACCGAUUCCGGGGUCAUUGAAAAGAGUUUGGCAGAUGUAUUCUCCUGAAAAGGCUGCGGCGUACAAUCUGUGCAUUCUGCUGAGUGGAUCGGGGUCGAAGGCGAUGGCUUUUCGGAUCCGCAGGAAAUAUCUGUGUUUUGAAUAG